AUUGAGAAAAUGAAAACGUCAUCAUUUUCUCUCUGAAGAUGUGACAAAUGAAUCUGUUGGCAAUUCCUGAUGUAAAAAUUUGAACAUAUGUGCUUAUUUUAAUAAAAUCAGUGUAUACCACAUAUUAUCAUUCUAAAAAAAUAUGAAAAUAAAGAUAAGCUAUCCACCAUUGUAAAUAAACUUACCAGUGCUAAUUGCCGUCAAAAUUAUCGUCAUAAUUUCCAAGUCAAAACUAAAGAAUUGUGCUAGUGAUAAAUUGUCAAUUUAUUUUCGGAAUUUUGCUUGUUUUUCUUUUAAUUUUAACAAUGGUAAGUUUUGAAAGAAAUUUUUAAAGAAAAAUGUACCUUUGGAAUUCACCGGCUUAUAAUAUUCCUCAACCUGGCAUACAGGAAACGGCAUCACCUACCAGUUUAGAUGAUCAGGAAAAAUUGCUUAACGAUGCCAUACGUAUUGUUCGUGAUCAAGCAUUUCAAAUGAAACGUUUCCUUGACAAAGGCCGUCUUAUGGAUGCGUUGAAAUGUGCUAGCACCAUGUUAGGAGAACUAAGAACGUCCUUGUUAUCGCCAAAGAGCUACUAUGAACUUUAUAUGGCUAUUACUGAUGAAUUAUGUCAUUUGGAACUAUAUUUGUUAGAAGAAUUUCAAAGAGGAAGAAAGGUUGCUGAUUUGUAUGAACUUGUUCAGUACGCUGGAAAUAUAGUUCCAAGAUUGUAUUUGCUAAUCACAGUUGGUCUCGUUUAUAUUAAAACCAAUAAUGCUUUGAAACGUAGUAUAUUAAAAGAUUUAGUCGAAAUGUGCCGUGGAGUGCAGCAUCCCUUAAGAGGAUUAUUUUUGCGAAAUUAUUUACUACAAUGCACUCGAAAUAUUCUACCUGAUGUUACUGUUGCUGAAGAUGAAAAUGAAGGAAAUGUAUCCGACGCAAUUGAUUUCGUGCUCAUGAAUUUUGCCGAAAUGAAUAAGCUUUGGGUGCGAAUGCAACACCAAGGUCACUCAAGCGAAAAAAAUAGAAGAGAAAAAGAGCGUGAAGAACUAAAAAUAUUAGUGGGAACAAAUUUGGUUAGACUAUCGCAAUUAGAUUCGGCAACACUUGAAACUUAUCAAAAGUGUAUUUUACCAGGUAUAUUAGAGCAAGUCGUUAGUUGCAGGGACGCAAUAGCACAAGAAUAUUUAAUGGAAUGCAUAAUACAAGUUUUUCCUGACGAAUUUCAUUUGUUGACACUGGAUCCAUUCCUCAAAUCUUGCGCCCAACUAGAAUCAGGCGUGAAUGUAAAAAAUAUUAUCAUAUCUCUCAUAGAUAGGCUAGCAGCGUAUAAUCAACGAAAUGGAAAAUUUGUUGGAAAUGGCGAAGAAAUUGGGCCAGUCAUUCCUCCAGAAGUUCAAUUAUUUCAAGUAUUUAGUAUACAAAUAGCAAACAUUGUCCAGAUAAGAACUGAUAUGCCACUGGAAGAUACGAUAUCAUUGCAAGUUGCUCUGGUAAGUUUAGCACAAAAAGUUUACCCAGAUCGUGUUGAUUAUGUUGACAAAGUGCUAGAAACAACCGCUCAGAUCCUGGGAUGUCGUAACAUGGUCACAAUUUCAUAUUUUUCUACUGUUAAUCAGGAACUUUCUCGGUUAUUAAGAAUUUGUAUUGAUUUUUAUAAUAAUGCUUUGAUCAUAAUUAAAUUAAAAUACUUUUGCCCAUUGCUUGAAAAAUUUGAUUACACAUCGCGAAAAUCGUUGGCACUUUAUUUGGUAAUGAAUAUAUUGGAUAAUGAAAUAACAAUACCAACUGCCAAUGAAGUUGACAGUAUUUUAACAAUUAUAUCACCUUUAGUUAAAGACGAGGAAAACCAAACUGGGGAUAAAACUGAUCCUGAAGACUUUGCUGAUGAACAAGGUAUUGUCGCAAGAUUUGUUCACCUUCUAAUUUCGCCAGAGCCUGAUAUGCAGUAUAAAAUUUUACAAAUAGCGCGAAAGCAUUUUGGAAAUGGAGGUUCUUUGAGAAUUAAACACGUUUUGCCACCGUUAGUGUUCUCUGCUUAUCAGUUAGCAAAAAAAUAUAAAAACAUUGCCGAAGAAGAUGAAAAUUGGGAUAAAAAAUGCCAGAAAAUAUUACAGUUUUGCCAUAGUACGAUCUCUGCUUUGGCAAAAGCGGAUUUACCAGAAUUGGCAUUGCGUUUGUAUUUACAAGGAGCGUUAACGAUUGAUCAAAUUCAAUACACCAAUCAUGAAACAGUAGCAUAUGAUUUUAUGACACAAGCAUUUUCGUUAUAUGAGGAUGAAAUUUCAGAUUCUAAAGCUCAAUUGGCUGCAAUAACAUUAAUAAUGGCAACUUUCGAACAAAUGACAUGUUUUGGAGAAGAUAACGCAGAACCAUUAAGAUCCAAUUGUGCAUUAGCUUCAGCGAAAUUACUUAAAAAGCCUGAUCAAUGUAGGGGUGUUGUAUCCUGUGCUAGCCUUUUUUGGAGUGGAAAGAAAAAUGGAGAAGAAAUGAGAGAAGAAAAAAGAACGUUAGACUGCCUGAAAAAAGGAGCGAGAAUAGCUUCUCAGUGUUUAGAUGCAGGAGUACAAGUACAACUAUAUGUUGAAUUAUUAAAUAGUUAUCUAUUUUACUUUGAACGUGGUAACUCUUUGGUUACAGUCGCAAUGUUAAAUCAGUUGAUUGGAAAAAUCGAAGAAGAGCUUCCCAAUCUGGAACCUAGUGAAGAAACGAAACAAAUUGAAAUGCAUUAUAAGAAUACUUUAACACACAUUAAAAGUCGAAUGGAAACAACAGACGCAGGUUUAGAAGUGUCAUUUGCUGGAAUCACACUUAAUUGAAGACAACUAAUUGAUGUUCAUAAUAUAUUAGAAAUUAACAACAAUAAUAAAUAUUGUAAUAAUUAUAAUAAUAUCAUUGCUAUUCAUGAAAUAAGAGUUAAGUUUUUGUUGAAAAUAUUCAACAAUUCAAUAACAAAAAUUGUCUUGUUGCAAUUUUUAGGAUUUAAAGUUUUAGGUAAAAAGUAUUAUAUGUAUGAUUUAUAUGA